AAUUUACGACGAUAAACAAACCGAGAAACUACAUUUAUUAAUACAUACAAAUGUGAGAAAAGUCCGAAAACACGUCUAUUGUAUCGGUCGGAUGACGUCAUCGUUCAGCGACCGUUCAGCGGGACAGCCGUGGCAUUUGAAACAACCGCAUCUGGAGCUGGACGGAAAAGGGGCUAUUUUUGCACCGCGAUCUCCUUCUGCAGAGAGAUCCAAAAUGAUCGACACGAUCGAGAAGGAGGACCCGGUCAUCAGCGAGGAAGAGGCAGCCCAGUACGACCGUCAGAUCCGUCUGUGGGGGCUAGAUGCACAAAAGAGAUUACGAGGGUCCCGCGUGCUCCUGGCAGGUUUAGGUGGUCUCGGGGCUGAAGUGGCCAAGAACUUAAUUCUGGCUGGAGUUAAAGGACUCACUUUGCUGGAUCAUGAAAAGGUGUCGGAGGAGUCGUGUCGAGCCCAGUUCCUGGUUCCAGUGACGGCUCGGGGUCAGAAUCGAGCCCAGGCCUCCCUGGAGCGCGGGCAGAACCUCAACCCGAUGGUGAAGGUCCACGCAGACCAGGACCGAGUCGAAGACAAGCCAGAUGACUUCUUCCUGCAAUUCGAUGCGGUGUGUCUGACAGGCUGCUCCAGAGACCUGAUGGUGCGGGUCGACCAGCUCUGUUCCAAGCACAACAUCAAAGUCUUCUGUGGGGACGUCUAUGGUUACUAUGGCUACAUGUUCUGCAACCUCGGAAAAGAGCACAACUUCGUUGAGGAGAAACCCAAACUGGUGAAACCAACUGGAAGCGUCGGCCCAGAGGCGAAGAAGGCCAAAGUCGAUCCCAACGAAACCGUCAUGGUGAAAAAGACGGCCAGUUUCUGCCCUCUGAAAGAAGCUCUGGAGGUCGACUGGACAACCGAGAAGGCCAAAGCCGGGAUGAAGAAGACGCCAGUGGACUACUUCAUGCUUCACGUUCUGUUGAAGUUUCGCACCGACAAAGGUCGUGACCCCGACCCGCAGUCCUACCCGGAGGACAGUCAGCUCCUGAGGCAGAUCCGAGACGACGUCCUGGAGGCCUUGGAAGUGAGCGCCGACCUCCUGAAUGAUGAAUUCAUCAGCUACUGCUUCUCUGAGAUGUCGCCGGUGUGCGCAGUCGUGGGAGGAGUUCUGGGACAGGAAGUUGUCAAGGCUCUCUCCCAGCGAGACCCUCCUCACCGGAACUUCUUCUUCUUCGACGGUCGCAAAGGCAACGGCGUGGUCGACUACUUCGGACCAAACUGAACCGUUUUACACACGUCACGUCAGCUGAUGUCUUGUCAUUAGUUAGUCCGAUUAUUUAUACCAGUUCUCGCUCCACUACUCAUAAAGUUAGUCUGUUGUUUAAAUGUUUUGGGUAUUUGAUCUUUGUUUUUUACAUUUUCUAAUAAAACAUUGUUAAGUGAAA